AUGGCGGACCGGAAAAACAACAUUUCCCCGUCACCAGAGCAGGCCGUCGCAAGUGUGGGUCACGUGAGCUGUGUGUUGAGGGACAUGACGAAGAGAAAGUGUGAGUUGCAGUCCCUGGUCACCGUGCUGCCUCCGUGUAAGAAGCCGCUGCCUUCCAAGCGCUGCACCCCGGAUGUCGUACAAAUAUUCCCAGUAAGGAAGAGAAAGCUGGAGCCUGAGAGCGCCCCCCCGGAGGAGGAGUGUGAGAGAGUGCUCCCACCUUUCCCAGCAACUACAUCCUCCCCUCCUCCCUGCAAGAAGAUGAGAGGGGCAGAGAACUCGCACAGCCAGGAGCUGCAGUACAAGUGCCAGAACGAUGAAGCCUUUCCAGAGUACAACUCAUUCCAGUACUGGAGAACUCCUUUGCCUGACAUAGACUUUUCUGAACUAUCUGAUACCCUUUGUGGUGCAGCUACCAGUGAAAUUCAAGAAAUGGACAGUUGA